GGUGGGUAUUCCGUUGGGUCUCGUCAUGUUUCAGUCGAUCGGAGAACGUCUAAACAAAUUCGCGUCGGUGAUAAUACGUCGUGCAAAACGCUACAUGCAUUGCACCCAAACCGAGGCAACAGAAAUGAAUCUUAUGUUAGCGACAGGCAUGCUUUCGUCCAUCAUAAUUACCACUGGCGCAGCAGUCUUUUCGCGCUAUGAGGGCUGGAGUUAUUUCGACAGUUUCUAUUACUGCUUUGUGACGCUCACAACCAUCGGGUUCGGUGACUAUGUGGCGUUGCAAAACGAUCAGGCGCUGAUCAAUAAACCCGGCUAUGUGGCGCUCAGUUUGGUGUUUAUACUAUUUGGACUGGCAGUAGUCGCCGCCAGUAUCAAUCUACUGGUGCUACGCUUUAUGACAAUGCAAGCUGAAGACGCCAAGCGUAACGAACAGGAUGCUCAGCAAGCCGCAGCUGCCGCUGCUGCUAUCUCUAGUCAACCGAUUGCCUACGAUGUCGAAUCAAGCAAUUUCAAUAUGCAUGGCAAAUUGCUAGCUAAUUCAAAUUAUACAACGGAGUACGAUGAAACCGUAUCAAUCUGUUCAUGCACAUGCCUCGGCGGUACAAGGUGCCUCAAUCAUGAGACAUUCGCUGAUCCCGACUUUCGGCCAACUGAUAUUAUUGAGAGUACUUUGAGUCUGAAGCGUGCGUCAGUUUGAUAUACAUAUGGGCUCCAACAUGGCGACGGGAAAAAAAUGUUGCUGUGAUUGUCUGCAUAUCUUGUAAGGUUCUGCCAAGUGUAGGAGAUAAACGUUGUAGGUUGCCAUAAAAUAUUUUUUUUUUUAACCACAAAGUUUCCGAAAUUAGAACAUGUAGUAUGUAGUAUGAUAAAAACAUAACAAGGUAAAAUCAUUGAGAGGCAGUCUGACGUUUGCCAGCAAUAGGUUUGUUCCGCAAGCUACUUGUAGAAAAACUCGAACAAAGUUCAAACUGUCAUACUUACAAAAAUUUUAGUGAACGGACGUGUUGUGCUAUAAUAUUAUCAGCACUAACGGGCUUUUACAAGAUAUGUAUUUGCAUAUGUAAAUGUAACUUUUUUGUUUGUACCGUAUGUACCAUAUAUUAAAUUGUAUCAGAAAAUUAGCAUUUACAUACGGGGAUAAAUAUCUUGUAAGUACUGUUUCGUUAAUGCAUUUUUGUAUGUUUGAAACAUUAAUACAGCCAUAUACUUACAACAGUAGUACAAGUGUAUGGUUAGAGUACGCAUACGCUCUGAGAAACCACACGUGUUAAAUGGAAAUGAAGGUUCAUUUAUACUGGCACGUAUGUACAUAUACACAGCAGCAAGUUCAUGCCACGAACCGCGAUGUCG